AUCACGUAGCAGUAGCCGGAAGAGGAAGCGCGACACACUACUUCCUCAUUUUUUUCUGGUUACAUUAGUCAGUCAAAGAACUAAGCAAACCAGACCGAGCUGCAUUGUUUAUUGGAGAACCUCCCCGUUAAGCAGACCGGAACGGAGCAUUUUUAUUUCCAAUGGUAAACGGCUUGAGUGAACUAUCUUUAUUUUUCCACUAUCUUUGGCAAUAGUACAUUUCACUUCUCUCCUCGGAUUUUGACAGCAGGACUGAUACAUUUUCAGAAAAUAGGAUUAAAGCCACUCGCUAAGAGUGUUGCCGUUGACUAGGGCCUGAGCCACUACACCAGCCUUGUUUUUUUUGUCUUCAAGACGUCUAUUUUCUGCAUACCCAGAAUGACACAGAUUGGAUUAAACACAGAGGACUGAUCCAAAGAGGUGUGUCGCGAGCAGGUUAAACCGAGAGCCUGGGGCAAAGAAGAAAGACGAGACGAGGAAUGAUGACUUACAACAACAGAGAACUAGUGGUAUACUAUAUCACCUAUAAACUAUCACAGAGGGACUACCCCUUCAACCACAUGGAGCUCACAGAAGCCCAGAAUCGGACUGAGGGGGGACAGGUGGAAGGGGGUGCGGCAGUCAUGACAUACGUCAACGGGACGAGUCCCGGUACUCCUCCACCACGGCAGUCGCCCCCCUCCUCCCCUCGGCGGACAGCGGGCCUGGACGCAGUGAAAGAGGCAUUGCGGGACUCUGCCAACGAGUUUGAGCUGCGUUAUGCCAGAGCUUUCAGUGACCUGUCCUCCCAGCUACACAUCACGCCGUCCACAGCCUAUCAGAGCUUUGAGAACGUGAUGGACGAGGUGUUCCGGGACGGUGUCAACUGGGGACGGGUGGUGGGCCUGUUUGCUUUCGGAGGGGCCCUCUGUGUAGAAUGUGUGGACAAGGAGAUGAACCCCUUGGUGGGAAGGAUCACAGACUGGAUGACCGUCUAUCUGGACAACCACAUCCAGCCCUGGAUCCAGAGCCAAGGAGGAUGGGACCGGUUUGCAGAGAUCUUUGGGAUGGACGCUGCAGCCGAGAGCAGGAAGUCUCAGGAGACCUUUAAGAAGUGGCUUCUGGCGGGGAUGACCCUGUUCACAGGAGUUGUCGUAGGGUCACUCUUCGCUCAGAAACGCCUGUGAGAACGACAGCCACAACAGACGCCGUCUUGUACUGGGGGGGGGGGGGGGGGGGUGGAAUGAAGGAAUUAGUUUAACUUUUCUUAUUUCUCCUUUUAAUACAUGGUUAUGUUUGAACCUUCCAUCCCACCAUACACUGAGGACUCUGACAAACUGUUGAGAUUUAAAGACUUAUGUUACCCUCAUCAAAGACCUCCCUGCAACACCCUAAAACACAAGACAAUGGGGGGAGGUAUCUAGAACUGUCCUGGGCCAAACCUUCCUCUUUUUCCCUUUUUGUUUACUCUUUCCUGUUGACCUUUUCUCCAAUUGCUGUAUUAAUUAGUUAAGUAAGUAAAUUACAUUUUACAAAUGUAAAAGUGAUUCAGAAACAAGCUAGCGCAUCAUAUUAGGCGCAUUGGCCCGAAAUGAGUGAGGUAAUUUAAUUUGUCGUGUGUGUUCAUUGUUUUUUUUUUGUUUUUUUUACCAUUAAAACCCACGUGAUCAUU